AUGACAAGUACGGAUUCAAAUGAUCCGAAUGACGAAAUUACAGCUGGCCAUCGACCAGCACCGGUCUCGAAUCAGGAAUGGAAUCGACAGACAACUGUCGAUGCACGCAAUGUGCUUCAAACUCAACUGUCCAGUACUUCUGGUGAAUCGUCUCAGCAACUCCAAGAACAACGAUCCGUUAUAAUGAACAAAAAGCCUGACUAUCCAACGUAUGUUAUUCAUCCUGAAGCUAUUCCAUCACUGAACGAAGUUUCUGAUGAACUGAAAAAACGGCGUCAUAUACGCUUUGGCGGUCCACUAGCGAUGGAAAUGUUCGAAGGCGACAUGCCGCUUGAAAUGGCUAGUUCAUUGCAAGAUGAAAUUCAGCGUGCUGUACAAAAUCGGGCAUCGCAAGAUGAGAAUACCGAUCAAGCGCAUAACGAUAAUGUACCAUCAAACGCUGAAGGUUUAUUUCAGCCAGUAACAAGUUCUGAUCAAACAGAUAACUUGUUUAAAUAUUUUCAACAACACUCAUUUGGGUUAAGUCCAGGGUCUCUUGACCGCCCGCAUAUGUCUCAAAUAUUUCAACGAAUUCGAAUUACGGGAGACUUCCAUGAUAUGUGUCAUAUUGAAGAUUUAGACGAAUCGGUAGCUCCAUUACUUCGUGCUUUACUUAUACGAGAAAAAUAUAUGAUCUUCAGUUUACAAUCUUAUCCAACUGUCGUCGCACAAUUUUUGACACGAACAUUGCAAUCCGAAGAGCAAUCACGCCGUCCAUCCAGCGUUGGUUUCCAUCCUACUUUUGGCCUUCUACAAAGAGUGAAUGCUGUUACUUUUAGCCAAGAGUUACACCAAAAGCAUAAUGAAUCUGCAUCUUCACAUACGAUCUCACGACAAAUAACAAUUGAUAAAACUAACGAAGAAGAUUCUGACGAACCUCAUCCAUUCCAUCCGCCUGUGAUCAAACGUAAGGAUGCGUUCAACCUUCCGUUACUUCCGCCAGUGGAUAUGUGUGUGAAAGUGGACAAAGGUAUUCCAUCAGCUUACAUCUUGAAUGAUGAGAAGGAAUGGGUAUCAGCUGAGUAUCCGAUUAUCGAUCGUGAUCAAUUUAUUGAUGAUUACACACUUUUAUCGGCAAUGAUUACCGAUGGGCCGUUGAAAUCAUUCUGCUAUCGUCGUCUACAAUAUCUAAAAUCUAAAUUCGAGCUGCACUGCUUACUCAAUGAAGUUAAAGAAUGGGCAGCAAUCAAAGCAACCCCACAUCGUGACUUCUAUAACGUCCGCAAAGUCGACGCACAUAUUCAUGCCGCAUCAUCAAUGAAUCAGAAGCAUUUAUUACGGUUCAUGAAGAAAAAACUGCGAACAUCCAGCGAUAUGUAUGUGCAUAAAACAAAAGAUGGACGAUUGAUGACAUUGAAAGAAGUUUUCGAUGAAUUGCAUAUCACAGCUUACGAUCUAAGUGUCGAUAUGCUCGGUGUACACGCAGAUCGAAAUACAUUUCAACGCUUUGAUCGUUUCAACGCGAAAUACAAUCCACUCGGUCAGAGUAUCUUACGGGAAAUCUUUCUGAAAACUGAUAAUUACAUCGAUGGUGUUUUCUUUGCUGAUCUAUUAAAAGAAGUCAUAGCUGAUCUAGAAGAUAGUAAAUAUCAACAUGCCGAACCUCGGCUAUCAAUCUAUGGUAAAAGUAUGGAUGAAUGGGAUAAGUUAGCGAAAUGGGCGAUAGUUAAUACGAUGUAUUCAGCUAAUGUCAAUUGGAUGGUUCAAAUUCCUCGUCUUUAUAAUGUUUAUCGUUCAAAUGGUAUUAUAAAAAAUUUUCAAGAAUUUCUAACCAAUCUCUUCAAACCAUUGUUCGACGCGACAAUUGAUCCUCAAUCCCAUCCCGAACUAUUUCGUUUUAUGCAUCAUCUAACCGGUUUUGAUUCAGUUGACGAUGAAACCAAACCUGAACGACCGAUUCUCACCCCAGAUAUGCCACAUCCAGAUGAGUGGAACACGAACGAUAAUCCACCUUAUGUUUACUAUCUAUUUUAUAUGUAUGCAAAUAUUAUGACGUUGAAUCAACUACGAAGAACGCGAGGCUUGAAUACAUUUCAAUUUCGUCCACAUUGUGGUGAAGCAGGUGCUGUAACACAUCUCGUCACAGCAUAUAUGGUUGCAGACAAUAUCGCUCACGGCUUGCUCCUGCGCAAAUCGCCUGUUUUACAAUAUUUGUUUUAUCUAUGUCAAAUUGGUAUUGCUAUGUCACCAUUGAGUAAUAAUUCGUUAUUUAUUAACUACAAUCGUAAUCCAAUGUUAGAAUAUUUCGAACGCGGCCUGUGUGUAUCGUUAUCUACAGAUGAUCCAAUGCAAUUUCAUUUCACUAAAGAACCGUUGAUGGAAGAAUAUUCUAUUGCUGCUCAAGUAUGGAAAUUGUCAGCUGUUGAUAUGUGUGAAUUAGCACGUAAUUCCGUACUAAUGAGUGGAUUUUCUCAUGAAGUGAAAAUGUAUUGGCUUGGGCCAGAUUAUCUGGAGCCAGGAGUUGCGGGGAAUGAUAUUCGUCGCACGAAUGUACCAGCGAUUCGCAUUGCUUAUCGCUUUGAAGCAUGGCGUGAAGAACUGCGUUUGAUCGCUCUUGCAUAUAAGAGUCGACAAGAGAGAAAAGAACAACAACGAUUCGCGAAUCAGACAUCAAACAAGGAACCAUCAGCAUCAUCUUCAAACCAAGAGGAUAUUCUUAAUGGGAAUCAUCAAUCAGCCGACAAUAAAAAUUCCAAUCUCGAUAAAAUCAAUGAGUAA